AUGAAGCACACAGAAGAAAAUUUAAGUGAACACCCUCUUGUUAUUAAAAUAAUUGAUUCAAAAACUGUGAGAUGUAAGUGUGGUAAAGAUGUUCAUUUGGAUAAGAAAUGGGAUCCUGAUUUGCUUGAAAGACAUAAUAAAGGUGGUGGCUGUAAAUAUAAUAAUGGUUUAUUAGGAAUUACCAAUUUUUUUAAAGAAAAUGAUAGUAAAACAAACAAAAGAAAAAUUUGUGAAGGGUUAACUGAUGAAGAAACAAGGAAUUAUCUUAAACGUGUUGGUUUAAUAACAUCUUUUGGUGGUGCACCUUGUGUAGAAUUAGUUGCAAAAGAAAUGUUUCCCAGAAAAUUUAACAAAAAAUUCACUUGGAAUUGUUUAAAUAAAUCAGAAAAAGAUAUUUUAAAUAAUGCUUUGCGUGAAAAAGCAUUGUGGAUAAACAAUAGUAAUACAUUUUGUUACUGCAAUAACACCAAUAUAUUAACUUUGUGGAGUUAUCUUAAUAAGCCUGAAGAUAAUACAAAGAAUUUUUGGAAUCAUUUGGCUACUUUGGGAAACAAUGCAAUAUUAUCAAGUACUAGUCCACAAGCAUAUUGUUUGUUUCAAGAAAAUCUUGCAGGAAGGUCAUUAAGAAAUCUCAG